AUGAAAACACCGAAACUUGUUUCCCUCCACUCGACACUGUCAUCCUUCAUUAUUUGCUGCUUGGUCACCAACGGUGCUUCCAAAGUAACAGCGAAAGGGCCUCGCCCCACCCCCGCACCGGUAGACAAUGUGACGGCUUCAACCUUUGACCCUGCAGGAUUUGAGGGAGCUGAUCUCGAGAAACACCGGAACCUAGAGUGCAAUCCCGAUUGGGAUCUUUUGAACGAUCUUCUCGCAGAACUCCUCCCUGUAUUCAAUGCAGCCAUUCAAUCAUUUGUGCCGGAUCCGUUGGUAGGAGGCCAGUUGGGUGCCCCUCCCGCCAUGAGGUUUCUGGGUGGUCCCUACGACUUAUUCGAUUGUACAACUGAUCAUUCAUUCAUGGAGUGGCAGCUUGGAGGUUUGAGGGGGCUGUCACUAAUGUAUAUUGAAGCAUUGGAGUUUGUGCCCAAUACAGGCACCAUGGAGGUCCCAUGUGCUGGCACCGUCAAUUGGGAUGGAUCUUUUCGUGUGGCGAUCAAGUCCCCAGCCAGACUCGAUGUGGAUUUCAAUAUGAACUUCGCCCCCAAUGGCACGGAGAGCGGAACAAAUUGCGCGAGAAACUACUCGCUGUCUGGGGACGCUUACGUCGAGGGUCCAGGAUUCGAUGGUGUCAUCAAUUUGAUUGGGACACUGUGUGGGAAUCAAAUGAACAUUGACUCUGCCCAAUUCCCAAAUCCACAAAACCUACUCUUUUCAAGACUUGGUGCAGACUAUGACGGCAUCCCAGGGUGGUUGCAGACGCUCGUGGACUUUGUUACCGACUACAUUGUUCAGGAAUACAGAGAUGAUAUCGAGAUCACCGGAGAGCCAGAAGAACGAAGCGCAGUCGAAACCAAAUUGGUAGAGGAAGGACAAGCUUCAGUAUCAAUCCGGAAGGCAAUGGCUUUUCAUGUAAAAGUUGCAGGCCCUGAAGUAGCUGAAGACGUAAGGCGUUUUUUCGGUUGGGAUGAGGAGUUAGAGGACGAAGAUGAUGAGGACUUGGAUGGAGAAUCCGGGUGGUUUGAUUGGAUGGAUUUUUGGAGCUGA